AGUCCAGCACUGUCGUCACUAUGAACCUCCAAGAAGAACCACCGGAGAAGAAGAAGACCAAGACCUCUUCUUCAUCUCCGUCGCUUUCUCUAAUUCCCGACGAAAUCCUUGUGAACUGCUUAGCCCGGAUCUCGAGGUCGAACUACCCAACACUCUCACUCGUUUCGAAAACCUUCUGUUCAAUCCUCUCUUCCACUGAGCUCUACGCAGCCAGAGCUCACCUAGGAACCACCGAGCAGUGUCUCUACGUCUGUCUAUGGGAUCUUGGAAGUUAUAGAUUUCCCCAUUGGUUCACACUUUGGACUAACCCUAACCGAACCCUACCCGACUCCAUGAUUAGGAGGAGAAGGAAGAAGAAGACAGCUGGACAGUUGUUGGUUCCGAUUAGCUCUUUUAAUUUUCCAUCUGUAGCAACGGCCACUGCUGUUGUUGGUUCUGAAAUUUAUGUAUUCGGCGGACCAGUCGGCUAUGAACCGUCCUCUGAAGUGCGGGUGCUUGAUUGUCGCAGCAACACGUGGCGCGAUGCCCCUAGUAUGAAUGCAGCCAGGAAAUUUGCACCUACAUGUGUCUACGGUGAGAAGAUAUAUGUAAUGGGAGGGUGCCAAGGAUCAGAGAAGAACGAAUCAUGGGCUGAGGUGUUCGACACAAAGACUCAGACUUGGGAACGCCUCACCGACCCGGGUGAUGAGAUACGUAAGUGUCGCAUUAGCAGAAUCAGAGAGAUCGAAGGUAAAAUUAAGUUCGGGAAUGUAGAAAGAAAGAUGUAUGGUUAUGACACAAAGCAAUGUAAAUGGGAGAACUGUGUAAACGAAAGCGCAAUUUAUGCGAGGUUGGAAUGUAUAAUGGAGAAUGUUUCAUAUGGCUUUUGGAACAAGCGCUUGUUGUGGUAUGACAUUAUAAAUGGGUAUUGGAAAGGGGUGAGAGGGUUAGAGUCAUUACUAGGGAUGUACAUGAGGAAUGGUGGAUCAAGGGGUAAUAAGACUAAACUAGUUUGCUGUGGUGGGAAAUUCUUGCUUAUUUGGGAAGGUUAUAUGAAUCGUGAUCCCAAUAAUAGGAAGAAGAUUUGGUGUGCGGAAAUCGUGAUAGAAGAGCGUAAUGAUGGAAUUGAGCGUUGGGGAAUUGUUGAGAGGGUUGAUGUUUUGCGUACCGUCCCUAGAUUAUGUCAGCUCUUGCAUUGCCUCGUUGUCUCGGUUUGAUUGACUUGUAACAACCAGGACUUAAUAAGUUAACAUGAAUGGAUUGUUGAUCAGUUUGGAAAGAGGAGAUGGUCCAGAUGGAAGAGGCAAAAGCAGAGAAACAUAGAGUGAAGGAGAUGAUCAAUUAGUUAAGGUUAAUAGUAGCUACAUUUUGUAAAACUAGCUACUACGGCUAAUUAGUAUUUCGAUAUAAUUUGUCUAAAACUCUUGUAAUUUACGAAUCUGAUUCGUUGUGUUGUGCUAUAUCAUCCUGGUAAGUAGGGAUCAUCCUUCACGGAUCAAACAUAGAUUACUCUUUGGCUCAUGAUCAAACACAUUCU